AUGUCUUCCACAAGUGUACAACAGCAUUGGAACUCUGGCAUGCGACACAAUGUAGGUAUGUUAAUGAAGAUGCUGAUGGAAAGUGAAGCAAGAUUAUGUGAUAAUCUUGAAAAUCUGGGCAAGACUGAAAAAGUUCAUCAUGUUGAAGAACCGGCAUCUACCUCUAAUAAACAUGUUGUCAAGUUUCCUAACAAGAAAAAAUCUUUCAAGCGGAAGAAAGGCAACUUCACUAAAAAGGAGUUUGUCAAAAAGAAAAGCUUUGGUUCUUGUUUUGUGUGUGGUAAAAAGGGACAUUAUGCUAAAGAUUGUCGUCACCGCAAGGGACACAAAAAUGAGACCAACAUGAUGAGCACUAAUGAAGACAUGACGGCCAUGCUUACUGAAAUCAACAUGGUCGACAUGGAAGAUGGUUGGUGGAUUGAUUUCGAUGCAACCUGUCAUGCUACUCCCAAUAAGGAUGUUUUUCAUUCUUAUAAUGAAGUUAGUAGUGAAUAA